AUGGAGCCUCGGCCGGCCGACAGCGGGCGCGUGGCCGGGCUGGGGGCCCCGGCGGCGCGGCGGCGCCGGGCCGCCCACCCGUCCACCCUCGCCAUGGUGGUGGAGGCGCUGCAGGCCCGGAACGAGAAGAGGGGCACCUCGGUCAUCGCCAUCAAGCGCUACAUCCUGGCCAAGUACCCGGCGGUGGACGCCAUCCGCCUCAAGUACCUGCUGAAGCAGGCGCUGAGCAAGGGGCUGAGCCGCGGCUUCCUGGUGCGGCCACACGACUCCUCCGCCCUGGGGGCCACCGGCAGGUUCAAGCUGGCGCCCGCAGCGCUGCGGCAGAGCAGGGCGCCGGGCCCGGCGCACCUGCCCGGCGGGUCAGCUCCUGAGCCGGCACGGGGACGGACGGCGAGAGCCCCACGGAGCCCUGAGGACGCCGCCGAGGAAGGCGCCGCGCCGGGAGCCGCGCGGCCGAAGCCCCAGACGAGGACGGCGGAGGUGAGCACCGGCGGGUGGGCGCCGGCACGUGCCCGCGAUGGCGACGCCGGCGCCCUGAGAUGCUGCCUCGUUCCCUUCCAGCCCCGGCCGCCAGCUCCCGCGAAGCCCCAGACCGGCGGAGCGAAGGCGCCGGGUGCCAGCCGAGGCCGCGGGGCGCCGCGAGCCCGCGGCGAGGGGGCCGCAGCGCCCGGCAGCGCCAGGGCCAAGCCGGCGGCGGCAGCAGCGCGCAGGGUCCCGGCGGGCGCCGGAGAGGCGGCGGGCGAGGGCCGGGCACCCGGCGCAUGGCGCAGAGCCGCCCCCGCGGAGAAGGGGCGGCCCAAGGGCAAGGCGAGGGCGGCGGCGGGCGCCGACAGGGCAGGGGAAGGGCUCGGCACUGCGGCCGCCCCCAGGGCCAGCAAGAAGGCGGCCAAAGGCCCCCAGCACACGGCCUGCUGA